GCUUGAACAUUCACGACAUUGGAAUCAUCGAAGUAAAGAUCGUUCUGAGAGAAUCGCUUUCUUCAAAAUGAAACUGCAGUUGUUCGUAACUUUGUUCGUGUAUUUGCUCCAUUGUUCCUUUGCGAAAGUGGCUGAUGGACCAGACGAGUUUUGUGAUGAGGGUCCCCCAGGAAAUUAUUGUCUCCCGGAUCUCACAGGCUGGCAUAACUGUUAUGUUGACCAAAAAACUGGCCAAAUGGUUGACAAGAUCACUACAUGUUCUCCAAACACAAGAUGUGUUUGUUUUGAUGGCCCUCCAUGUCCAGACUACAUCGAAGAUCCUUGCCAGACUUUCAUACCUCCACCGCCGACUCCCGAUAAAUUCACCAUGUACUACAACUCCAAACUAACAGUGUGCUCGCCCAUGGGAUGCAAGACCACUUACAGUUCUGGGAGGGAAUUGCAGUCUCUGACUGAUCUUAAAAAGAGAGACGAUUAUGGAUCAAUAUACUGGUCGUCUACGUUCGUUUUACCAAGACCUGGCGGUGGUUUUAAUCAGACUGAGUUUCGAUGGGAUAAGGAGCAGUGCGUAACGCAGGAAAUAAAAACUUUUCCUGUAUCGCAAGUCCCUCCCUUCUUCAGUUUCAACGGCACAGUCAAAGUUGGCUACCUACUCUGUGAUAAGUGGAUAUGGAAGACUGGGGGCCACAAUCCAGGGCAGCCAACAUCCUUUCAAGCUUAUUACAUAACGAACCAAACGAAUGCAGCGAGCGAUCUCGACAAAGCCUCGAUUGCGCCAGUCAUGAUAGAGUCUACUUACAAUUCGGGGCCUUUGGGAAAAACAAGUUCCUAUAUGGUGCUAAAUGUAACUUCCUUCGCGAUAGGUGUCGAUGAAGACUCUUUUGAACUUCCCACUUUUUGUUUGAAUCGUCCAUCAAUAGCUGUGGUAUAAACUGAAAUCUACCGUUAAACAUGAAAUUUUUGCGGGAGUGUUCUGUUUGUAGAUUUGCGUUCUUUUGUCUGUCUUUCGUUUACGGGAAUGAAAUAUUGGCGAGUUUCAAUUCUGUUUCAAGUAACAGAACACUUUGAAAGGGAAAGGAACUAAACAUUUUCAAAUUGCAUUGUUGCUAACCUGCUGAGUUUUGUCUCAAUGGAUCUUCCGUGUGAAUCCAAGCUCGAAACCGUCAGUUGACUUCGUACAAGGGCAUUAUAAUAUUUGACGAAAGCUCAAGAAAAUUUUUCAGGCAUAUAAAUUGCGCUUUUGGUUGGUUUGUUUUCGUCGGGAGCUUACAUUACGGACUGAAAACAACCCCGAAAACUCGCCAAAAUCAGAUGAACACGUAAAAUUUUCAUGUUUGACGGUAGGUUCUGGCAGAAAGUUAGAAAAGUAAUAUUUUGACGCGAUCAGUUAACGACGUAGAUGCAUCUUGACUCUGUUACGAUGAGUAAAUUUAAUAGUUUCUGUUUUUAUCGGUUGAUUGGCAUAACAAACAUCUUUAAGGAAGAAAAUCAUUAAUCUUAAAAAUUGAUACGGCUUCAUAAUGUUUAGAGAUCAUUUGAACCAAGUCGGACAUGCAUAAAGUAACGAUUUUAAUAUCUGCGAAAAUUGGCUUGCUUUCAUUGUGUCUUUGCUUUUUAAUUAGACAACAACAUUGAUAUUGAUCGUAAGUCAUUCAUUUAUCAUUUAUUACACAAAAAUACCUGAAUUUCAAAGCUUUGAACCAAAAGUAAUCUUUUGCUGGACGAUAUGGAGUAUCAGGCGAUUUGUUUUCAAUUUCCGAGAAAGUUUGAUUGUUGAGCAUUAAAAGUUGAAAGUUAAAACA